UUACAGGCUGCAGCACCAUCUUCCUGGCCCUGGCCCUCCAGACCUGUGUCUGUGAGAAGCAUGGCCCAGGGCAGGGGCUGGGGAGGCCAGGUGCCCAGGAGACCCCACUGCAUCUGAGACAGAGGCUUUAGGACCCAGCAUGUGUCCCCGUGUGCCUGGAGCCCACCCGUUGUGCAAGCUUGCAUGCCAGCCCUUAGCACGCCAGUGUCCAGGCCUGCCCAAGCCCCAGGCUUUUCUGCUGAAAGUCCCCAAGGCUACUUGGCAGUGUGCCCUCUUGGCCUGGUUUGUGGGACUGAAUGGGGCCGAGGGGUACAUGUGUGAGGCCUCGAAUCAGGGGCUACCAGCAGCCUGAGGGGGCCAGGCCUCCCCAGACAAGGACCCGGCCUGGGUCCAUGAUGGCCAUGUCGUAGGUAGCACUGGCUCAGGUCUCGGGAAGCUAACAGGUGUGUCACAGAGUGAAAGGGACUCUGCCCAGACCUCAGCCUGUGGCCUGCCGCUCCCGUCUUACAGACCAGCCGGUUCCUGCUACAGGCUCCUGGUGUCAUCUGGGGAGAACAUGUCCAGGCCCCCCGAGUGCCUGCUGCGGCUGCUCCGGGGCGCCCCAAGACAGCGGGUCUGCACCCUGUUUAUCAUCAGCUUCAAGUUCACGUUUUUUGUCUCCAUCAUGAUCUACUGGCACAUUGUGGGAGAGCCGGGGGGCCAAAGAGAAUUCCCGAACUUGCCUGCUGACGUCCCCUGCCCCCGACUGGUGCCCCCCACGCAGCUCUCCAGCGCCCUGCCUCCGGGCAACAUCUUCUUCCUGGAGACGUCAGACCGGACCAACCCCAACUUCCUAUUCAUGUGCUCGGUGGAGUCGGCCGCCAGGGCCCACCCCGAGUCCCGGGUGGUGGUCCUGAUGAAGGGGCUGCCCGGCGGGAAUGCGUCGCUGCCCCGGCACCUGGGCCUGUCGCUCCUGGGCUGCUUCCCCAACGUGCACAUGCUCCCGCUGGACCUGGAGGAGCUGUUCCGGGACACGCCCCUGGCGGCCUGGUACGCGGCCCGGCAGCGCCGGUGGGAGCCCUACCUGCUGCCCGUGCUCUCCGACGCCUGCAGGAUCGCGCUCAUGUGGAAGUUCGGCGGCAUCUACCUGGACACGGACUUCAUCGUCCUCAAGAACCUGCACAACCUCACCAACACGCUGGGCGCCCAGUCCCGCUACGUCCUCAACGGUGCCUUCCUGGCCUUCGAGCGCCACCACGAGUUCAUGGCCCUGUGCAUGCGUGACUUCGUGGCCCACUACAACGGCUGGAUCUGGGGCCACCAGGGCCCGCAGCUGCUCACGCGGGUCUUCAAGAAGUGGUGCUCCAUCCGCAGCCUGGAUGAGAGCCACGCCUGCCGCGGCGUCACCACCCUGCCCUGCGAGGCCUUCUAUCCCAUCCCCUGGCAGGACUGGAAGAAGUACUUCCAGGACAUCAGCCCCGAGGAGCUGCACCGGCUGCUCAAUGCCACCUACGCCGUCCACGUGUGGAACAAGAAGAGCCAGGGCACGCGCCUGGAGGCCACGUCCCGGGCGCUGCUGGCGCAGCUCCAUGCCCGCUACUGCCCCACGACACAUGAGGCCAUGAAGAUGUACUUGUGAGGGGCCUCCCCCAACCCACCCUGGGCGUCCUGUCCCGACAACGGAGGAGGGUUCACGAGGGGGAGGCCUCAGUCGCUGCAGCCUAGGAUGUGGGGCAGGCUCCGGGAAGGGUGGGCAGCCAUUGGUCCAAGAGGUGCAUUCGUUCUGGGGGACAUGCUGCAGGCCCCUGGAUCUGCUCCUUUCCAGGUGAGGCUGGUGGGAUACCUCCAGGCCAGCGUGCUUUCUCAGGGUGCAGGCAACAGCUGGUGGGGGAAGGGCCCCAGCCAGAAUCAGCUGCAUGAGCUGGGUGAGCACCUGGAUCUUCUGGACAGCACAGCAGAGCCGGGAGCAUCGAAGCCUCUUCCAUGGCAUCACCGGGCAGCCAGGCUGGUGGGGGCUGAGGUGCCCACAAAGAAAGCAUGGAUGGAAAAGCCCAAGGAAAGGGUAUAGGAAGGAGAGGAGGGUGCCUGACGAGAGGGAGGAGGCAGCCUGGGAGAGCAGGGGUGCAAAUCCAGCCUCUGGAGCCCAGGUCGGGGAGGGGUGCUUUGCUCUUUUCUGCGUUUGGUUUCUUUUUCAGAGGUGCCGAGGCCAGCAAAGCUGGCCUGGGGAGCCCAGCGGGGAAAGCCUGGCUGCUCACCCCAUCCUUCUUGCCAGAGAUGUUGCAAGGGUGGCGUGCUAGCUGGCCACUCCAGGGCAUGGGGGUGUGGAGUUCUUUUGGCUCAGGAAAAGCAUUUUAAGAAAACCACCCCCCACCCUGCCCAUGAUAAACAUAGGAUAAUAAAUGUAAUAAAAGUGAUUCCCUGACACUGA